UCCGUGAGUGCCGAGUGUUUCCUUCCCGAGCACUUCAUUGCAAUACUCUUGGCUCGCGUGAUCAUCGACUCUCCCUCGAAGCAGGGCGUUAAUUGUUUGUUGUGCAUGCGAUCGCCACGCGAGGAGUCGAAUCUGCGGGGGCAGUCGAAUUUGUGAGCGGGGCAGUGGCAGUUUCGGGAAGUUUUUCGCUGAUCGGGAGGUCCUGGACGGCUGAUCGAUCAGGUUCGCGAGGAGGACCUCCGAGCAGGAAGAAAUGUUUAGGAAUCAGUAUGACACGGACGUCACGACAUGGAGUCCUGCGGGACGCUUGCAUCAGGUCGAGUAUGCUAUGGAAGCAGUGAAGCAGGGAAGCGCAGCUAUUGGAUUGCGGUCCAAGACUCAUGUUGUUCUCGCGACUGUGAACAAGGCGUCGUCCGAGCUUCUGUCACACCAAAAGAAGCUGUUUAAGAUUGACAACCACAUUGGAAUUGCCAUGGCCGGGCUCACUGCUGAUGGGCGUGUGUUGUCACGAUACAUGCGGUCGGAGUGCAUCAAUCACAACUUUGUUUAUGAAUCGCCCCUGCCUGUUGGUCGUUUGGUGGUCCAAGUCGCGGACAAGGCCCAGGUAUGUACCCAACGGUCGUGGAAACGGCCUUAUGGUGUAGGGCUGUUGGUGGCAGGAACGGAUGAAACUGGCCCUCAUUUGUAUCAAAACUGUCCUUCUGGAAACUAUUUCGAAUAUCAAGCAUUUGCCAUAGGUUCACGCUCGCAGGCCGCAAAAACUUAUCUCGAGCGUAAAUACGAAACCUUCAUGGGAUGCACAAAGGACGAGUUGAUCCGUCAUGCUCUGUAUGCUGUAAAAGAAUCGUUGCAAGAGGAGGAGUUGACAAGUUCUAACUGCGGGUUAGCUUUGGUGGGCAUUGAUGAAAAGUUUGAGAUUCUAGAUCCCAAGAAAUUGCAGGCUUAUAUUGACAGCAUGGAGGAUGCGACCAAAGAGGAAGCCGCACCCACAGAAGAGCAACCACCACACGUAGCGGCCGGGGCCUUGUUGACCAGAGAGUCUUCUGGAGGUGUAGAAGUUCCUGCAGAUGGAGAUGGUCCUUCUCCGAUGGAGACUUAGAAUUAUGCACGAAAGCUGUCUGAUACAUUUUUGUUUCAACCGGUAGUGGAACCACUCCUUGUUACUUGAUACUAGGACUCAUUGGUUAGGAGCCACAAAAGUAAAGUUUUUCAGCUAGUCUGCAAAACCAUACUUGACAAAGGAAGCUUUUACUUAGAAGCAGGUGGUCUUACCAGAAAAAUGGACCCUCGAUCAUCACAUCAUGUUCUCUGAAGCACUAUCAUCUCCUACCACUAAGGAUUACCUACCAAGAGAAAUGUUUUUUGUUUGGUACACCUGUUCAAAACAAUUAUUCAUUGAUUGUUUCUCGUGUACAGUAGUCUUUACUUUACUGUAUAUAAAGUGGAGAUCUUGUGAUACCCCA